ACAGGCCAAUCAGAAUCGUCUUUAGUGCUACGUCAGAGCCAAUGGGCUGGCGAUCUUCUCUUCUCGAAAACAUGUCGCCCAUGAAGUUGUGUGUUCCAGGUGACAAAUUAUGCAGUAUAGAAGACUGCAUUCCGGGCACAGGAGUAUAUCCACGACACGGGUACAUUUACUCCUCGCUUGCAGGCUACGUGCUCAAGAAAAACGAAGGAGAGGAGUUACCAGUGAUCUCAGUUGUGCGUGAAACAGAAGCGCAGCUGCUGCCAGAUGUUGGAGCAAUAGUCACCUGCAAGGUGACCAGUAUCAACCCCAGGUUCGCCAAAGUUCACAUCCUUUAUGUCGGCUCUACGCCCCUAAAGGACCGGUUCAGAGGGACUAUCAGAAAAGAAGAUGUGCGUGCAACAGAGAAAGACAAGGUGGAGACAUACAAAAGCUUCAGACCUGGUGACAUUGUCUUGGCAAAAGUUAUUUCUCUCGGGGAUGUUCAGUCUAACUACCUGUUGACAACAGCAGAAAAUGAGCUGGGGGUGGUGGUGGCACACAGUGAAGCAGGUGCCCAGAUGGUUCCUGUCAGCUGGUGUGAGAUGCAGUGCCCGCGGACACACGCCAAAGAGUUCCGUAAAGUGGCGCGAGUGCAGCCCGAAUAUCUACAAGCAUGACCGCCUUGAAAACUCCUCUCCACCGCCGGGAACACACAACUUCUCUUCAUCAAGUAGCCUUUCAGCUGUUUCAGAUGUUUUCUGGGUGACUCUGGAUUCAUUGGCUACUUCAUUUUCAUGUCUUCAAGAUGUUAAGUACACAGCAGUCCAUCUGCACAAUUCCUCCCGUGCUUAUUUAGCAGAAGCAUUGUUUUUUAUUUUUUUUACUAUAGUAGCUAUCUUCUGCUAGAUACGACAAGAAAUUAGAGAUGGGGAAGUUUUAAAAAGCUGGUUGAAUUGUAUGAAAUAGCCCUGAGGCAGCUGGUGCAGAUGUUUAAAGUCAUGGCCCAGGCUCUUCCAGUAAAUGCAAAAGUGAAAAAGAAGCAUUUUGUACUUGAAGAGAUAACUGCAAAGGGUUGUAACCGAUUUGACAAGAAAUGCUGCAGUUGAGCACUUUUUUUUUAAGAUAUGGAUAAAAACUUCAGUUUAUCAGAUUUUUUUAAAAUCUCCUGAGGCUCACGGGAGAGCAGUAUUAAAGCUCAACAGUGAAUCAGAUUUCAGCGCAGCUACCGUGCACGGAAUAUUGAAGUACAUGAUAGUCAAAUACUUGCUUUCCAGCACAUUUUUGCAACUGAAUAUUUGAGCCAAUCACAAGCAAGCUACAUUUCUCAUGUUUGUUAAAGUGAAUGUUUGCUUUUCUUAUUCAUUCCUCAUGUGCAAGAAUAAAAUUACAUGACUAUCAAAAG